GGCAGGGACCGGCAGGGACCGGCAGGGACCGGGAGGCAGCGGGGGCACGGCCCCGGCCCCGCCGCCACCGAGAGCCCCGGACCCGGACCCGGCUCGGAGCGGGCGGCCCCGGCCCCGCGGUGCCGGCGGUGCUGCGGUGCCUCCUCCCCGGCGGCAGCUCCGCGGGAAGAGGGGGAAAAAGAAAAAAAGAAAGGGAAGACAAAACCCAAACUUCUGCCGGGCCGGCCCCGGGGCAGAGCGCGGGGCGAGAUGGACAAGUACGACGACCUGGGCCUGGAGGCCAGCAAGUUCAUCGAGGACCUCAACAUGUACGAGGCCUCCAAGGACGGGCUCUUUCGGGUGGACAGAGCGGCCGGCAACAACCCCGAGUUCGAGGAGACCCGGCGGGUCUUCGCCACCAAAAUGGCCAAGAUCCACCUCCAGCAGCAGCAGCAGCAGCAGCAGGAGGAGAUGCUGAUGGCAGCCGCCGCCGCCUCGCUCAACGGCGGGGCCGGCUUGGGCACCCCACAGCCACGGUCCAGCCUGUUGGCACCCCGGGGUGCCCAGCCGGGGGGCGGCGGCGGUGCCAAGCCACCCCUGGCCUCUGCCACCGGACCCCAGCCCCAAAUGGUGGCCGAGGGUCCCGGCUGCAGCCGGCCGGGCGCCUGCAGGGCCUUCCCUGCACCCACGGCGGGGGACUGCGGCGCCCCGGGGGGCCAGGCGGGGCGGCGGGGCUGGGAAGCGGAGCCCCGCGGAGACCCCCAGGAGAACGGCGGCGAGGGCCGGCGGGGCGGCUGGGGCCGGGAGCCGAAGCCGGCCGGGCAGAGGUCCUCAUCCUUCUCGCACGUGCGCAGCGCCCCGGCACCCUCGGUUGGGCGCGAGGAUGGCGUGCCAGCGACCAUGCCGCAGCACCGGUCCUCCUCUUUUUCGGCUCCCAUGGCACAGCCUGCCACGGGGUUUUCAGCCCUCGCCGAGCCCUGCGGUCCAAGGGCCGGUGUGGAUGGGCCGGCUGCAGAUGGUGGCCAGCUGUGGUACCAGGGCAGCCCGCGGGCCUUUCCAUCCAGCUCCGCUCCCGGCGUGGACUAUCAGCAAGCUGGCGCCCACCCCAGCCCCGCCGGCCACUUCGUGGCCCACGGCCACAACCACCGGCCCAACGGUGGCCCCGAGCUGGGCUCCUCGCACCCAGCAGCGGCGCAGGGGCCAUUGACUUCUGAUGCGCCGAAACCGCCUUUCAAGGAGAGCAUCAGCAGUCUCCAUCCUGAUGGCGGGCACCAGGAGGGCUCCGGUGCAGCCAAAGUCAAGUUGCCCUGCCAGACCCUCCUUCCGCAGCAGGAGCAGGGGCCAUCUGCGGCUGAGCUGAAGCUGGAAGCGCUCACCCAGCGCCUGGAGCAGGAGAUGGACGCUCGGCCUAAGGCCGACUACUUCGGAACCUGCGUGAAGUGCAGCAAAGGGGUGUACGGAGCAAACCAGGCUUGCCAGGCCAUGGGCAACCUCUACCACGACGGCUGCUUCACCUGCGGGGCCUGCAGUCGAAAGCUGAGAGGAAAAGCCUUCUAUUUUGUCAAUGGAAAGGUGUUCUGUGAAGAAGAUUUCCUGUAUUCUGGUUUCCAGCAGUCAGCUGACAGGUGUUUCAUUUGUGGCCAUUUGAUAAUGGACAUGAUCCUGCAGGCUCUAGGGAAAUCAUAUCAUCCAGGUUGCUUCCGAUGUGUGGUCUGCAAUGAGUGUCUGGAUGGUGUGCCAUUUACUGUAGACACUGAAAACAAAAUCUACUGUGUCAGAGAUUACCACAAAGUUUUAGCUCCAAAGUGUGCGGCAUGUGGACUUCCCAUUCUGCCCUCUGAGGGGUCUGAUGAAACCAUUCGGGUUGUGUCCAUGGACAAGGAUUACCACGUGGAAUGUUACCACUGUGAGGACUGUGGGAUGGAGUUGAACGACGAAGAUGGGCAUCGCUGUUACCCUCUAGAUGAACAUUUGCUUUGUCACUCCUGUCACCUGAAACACAUAGAGAAUGGCACAACCCCUGCAGCUGUGUACCAGCAUCACUACUAGCCAGCGUGGCUGGCAUCUGGAAGCCCGUACAGAUGGCUCGUUACGUGAUCUCCCUCUCCCCACCCUCAGUUGAUUUCCUGUGCAUGUUUUUCUCCAAUCGGCAGUUUUCCUGUAAAAGGAUAUGAGAGAUUUUUGCUGGAUUCUCAGAGCCUGUAUGCGUGUGAGUUCCAGCUGUAUCAAACUGUGUCUACUUGACCAAGAAUGUGGCAUGUUAUCUAAGCUGACUGGUCUACUCUUACGUGCCUUUUUCUGCUCUCUGGAGAUUCCUUUUGGCUCGUUUUGGAAGGCUCUUCAGAGAAAGCACAACUUGCUGUCAUGCCUAUGAACUCAGAUCAUGCCGUGCACAAUUAAAAAGCCACAGGCUGGCUUGCCUGCCUCCAGGGAACGUUCCUGGGAAGUGUUUCCUGACAAGGACGUUUCAUCAGAUUCCCUGAAGGACAUCAAAUUAUUAAUACCAGUUUUUAGACACUCUCUCUCUUAGUAAUUCUUUAGGAAAAGAAUGGAGUCUGCACAAAAUGGCGCGCUCAGACCUUCCAGUUAAUUCCCUGAACUCUGGUAUCAAGUCUGGCUGUAAAUCAACCCAGGCAUGCUGGCUAGCAGCUGGAGAUCGACAUCCCAUUUCAAACAGAACAAGAAGCUGGAACAAACUGGACUAAAAUACCAUGGUGACUUGGGACCUGGGCUGCUGCUUGCGUGUUGCUGCAAUACACAGGGGCCAGUCUGCUGUGUCAGAGUCUGAAUAGCAGAUUAUGUUUGGAAAGGUUGGGAUGCUGGAAGUGUAGACACCAGGGAAAUCCAUUCUCAUUCUUGCUUACAGAGCUCACUGUGGAAAAAAGUUCUCCGCGUACAAAUAUUUGCCUGAGGUUUUCACAGUUUGUCCCCACAGCUCAGCCCCAGCCUGGCCACUCCCUUCUGUAGUGUUUACCCAGCACAAAGCCAUUUCAUAAUGGUGCUUAUUUAGAGUUCUGGGAACAAACUCAAGAUUGUUAUGCAGGCUUUGUUAUACAGGGAUUUAGAGCCCAGCUCCUCAACCUGUACUCAAAUUUGUCCAGCCACUGGUAUAAACAGAUUUGCUCACGUGAAUAAUAUCGGCUUAUCCGAGCAAGGGGCUGGACAGUUGGGCCCUUAUUUUCUGUUCUGUUGAGAAAGCAGAAAGGCAGAUUGUUUCUCUUUGUGAAUCCCCUUGCUUCAUAGUCAAAGAAGUCUGCUCCCCCGAUAUGUGUUGCCUAUGUGACAGGUGUACCUGCAGUGCAUGUUCUGUAGGUAUGAGUGCUGUGCAGCCCCUCACGUACAGGUACAAAGCUUUUGUUUAAGAAAAAGCUUUUCAUUUAAAGUCUCAGAUGCAAUUGGGAGCCUCAGCUACCCUUGCCAACAAAUACUAUGUAGAAAACUAGUUAAAUCCUCUUGUGUGCAUGCUAGAAAUGUAAAUUUAUUUCUGAUUGAUAGAGGACUAAAUCACAUUGGUGAAGGUCUCUUUGGUGAGCUACAGUAAAUUAGCUGAGCAAUGGCACUGAGACUCCAGAAAUGAGCCCAUCCUGAGAACCCACAGUGGUUCAACCAUACACCUUUUCCCGUAGCACAAAUGUAGCUAGACGGAUGCUUGAACUUCACACUGUGUCGUCAGACUGUGUCACGUACUCAGCUGGAGCAGUACCUCUAAUUCUCAGAGCAGUACCUCUGAUUCUGAAAGCAGUUCUUCAGGCCAGAAGGCCUGACUUACCUUGUUUUCAGGGUCAAAUGGUAAAAUCAUUUUUCAGCUCAGUACCACUACCACAGGACAAAGGGGGCUGCCGUCCUGGGCCCUUUCGACCCAAGAAGCAGCAGCUUGCCUUUUCCUUGCCCAUCUUGCAACCCCUCAGGGGGUGACCGAAAGCCCGUGGGGACUGUCCCAUUGCAGUAUGCAGAGAAGAGGAGGUAGAAUUAACCCCAAAUGCAUGAGCUCCCUACAGCCUUAAAUUGGGGCUCCAGAUGCUGGAUAGCAAAGGGAUGGGGGCUGACACAAACCAUUAUAACCAGUGCCAUAUCUAGGCAGCGUGAGUCGGAUGCAAUAAAACACACAAGGGCAGGCUCCCCGGUGCCCCCAUCCCAGCAGGCGACGUCCAUGGGUACGUAUUGCUUGUCGCCUGCAUCAUGGCUCGGCCCAGGAGCAGUCGAAGGAUGUGACGGUGAUCUUGGGACUGCCUAAAGGUGCUGGGUUGGGAAGUAACGCCAGCUGAAUGUUCCUGGUGAAUAAUUCAGAUAGUCCUUGGCAGGCGGUUCCCCUCACUGAGCUUGCUUGGCAGCAAAGGCAGUAUGAUAUCGAAGGGGCUUCUGGAAGUGAGCUCGAAACACCAGUCUCGAUGUGCUGCACUGUCUCCGAGAGACCAGCGACUGCGUGGCUAGCGCUCUUCGGUUUUGGAGCAUCUGCUGAUGCACAUUUUCUGGCCUUCCUUUUGAGAAGAUCUGAAAACACUAGUAGGACUGAUUCUUUUCUUUUUAAGCAGUGGUUUAAACUGCUGUUUCACUCUUGCAGCCUUCCCCACACCCCAAAAUAAGCAGGAAAGAAGGGGAGGGGGAGAUAAGAACAUUUUCCUUUGUGGAAAGCCUCAACCAGCCAGUUUGCUCUGAGCUAUCUUGCCGAAGCCUCCUUUGAAGCAGUGGAAAGUUCGGCCUCUGCUUUUGCAUGGUGUCUUGUUACUCCUGUCAGCCACCCUGUACUCCUCAGCACUGGGGAAACGAAGGCUGUCCUACUUUCAGUUUUGAGGUCCUGUAUAAAUUAUUAAGUGUGAAUGCUCUCCUUUUGUGUAUUUACCAACAGCUGGAAAUGACAAUGUGAAGUUGUUGAAAAUCGAGUGUCUGAGUUGAUGGUUUUGAAGCUAAAGCAUAUACCACA